AGUAUUGUGUUUAAAAUGGCGUCGCCAAGGAUCGUCUUAAUCUCAGGCUGUUCAACUGGCAUCGGCCUUCACACUGCCCUACAUUUAGCCAAAGAUGCCGACAAAUGUUUCAAGGUGUACGCAACCAUGAGAAAUCUGGAGAAAAAGACCUUUGUGGAAGAGGACGGAAAGGAAAGACUCGGCGAAACCCUGAUAAUCAAAUGCAUGGAUGUAAGUUCUGAUGAAUCUGUGAAAAGCGUCGUUGAAGCGAUCAUUACAAAGGAGGGAAAGAUUGAUGUUCUUGUGAACAACGCCGGUGUUGGUUGUGUAGCACCUCUAGAAUGCAUGACAAUGGAACACAUAAAACAAAUGUUUGACGUGAAUUUCUUCGGAUCCGUUCGUUUAAUCCAGGCCAUCCUCCCCGGCAUGAAAGCGAGACAGGAUGGUUACAUCGUAAAUGUCAGCAGUAUUUUUGGAAUAACGGGUGGGCCAUUUAAUGACAUGUAUUCUGCAGCAAAGUUCGCAAUGGGGGGUUUGACUGAGUCGUUAGCUCCUGUACUGAAACAGUUCAAUAUUAAGAUCUCAUUGGUUGAGCCGGGACCGGUAGUUACUUCGUUCAUGAGUAACUUGAAGGGUAUGGUGAGUCAAGUGGACCUUUCAACCGCUGACCAAAAGUCGAUCCAGCUCAUGCAGUCGGUUAUUGCCACGAUGACAGAGUUGACAGGCAAAGAGGGACAAAAGUCAGAAGAAAUCACUGAAACCAUAAAGGAGAUCUUGCUCUCGGCCAAGCCCCACAUCCGAUAUCUGACCAAUAAAACCUACGGUGUAGACGAAGCGAAUUCUAAAUUGUCUGAUCUUACCGGUGAUAAACUCGUUGAGGUGCUGGAAAAAAGGUUCUUUACAAAGUAGUACUUUUUUUUCUGUCCCAUUUUCAGGCAGCCAAAUUGACCGCAAAGUUAAACCGUUGUUUAGUUUGUGAAAGGUUUCAAAUACGAUAAGUAGCAUGGAUUUUAGGGUGUUUAUUGAGAACUAGAUACAAAAUAAUAACCGUAUCUUUCAAUGUUGUUCAAAAGAAAAGGAAAAUGUAAGAAAAGGAGAAAAGACAAAAAAAGAGCCAUCUGUAUUCCUGAGGCAAAAUAAAUUUUUAAACAAUUGUGUGUAACGUCAUUUUUACUUUUCUGUCUAGUGAUUGGUCUUUUCAAUGAACCCCCAAGCAACCCGCGAGAACGAUGAUGCCAACAGAUCGCAGAUGUUUGGUAUCAGAAUAUUUUCCUAAUAACUUAGUUUUUAAAGUAAGGUAUCAGUUCGAAAUAUCAAAUUUAAACUGUCCCAUAUUA